GGCUGUGUGUCAGCAGUUCUACAAGCGAGGAACCAUCUCUCCUGGAAAUGACACUUUCGAUAUCGAUCCGGAGAUUGUGACUGAUUGCUUGUACCUCGAGCCAAUGAUGCCUUUAGACAACAGAACAGUGGGAAAGCACAAUUUGAAUUUCACUCUGGAUUUCCACAGACUGGUGACAGUACAGCUCAUGUUCAGUCUGAAGGCAAUCAACCUGCAGACGGUUCGCCACCAUGAACUCCCUGACUGUUAUGAUUUCACCCUGACAAUAGUGUUUGAUAAUAAAGCACACAGUGGAAGAAUUAAAAUAAGUCUAGACAACGACAUAGCAAUCAGGGAAUGUAAAGACUGGCAUGUUUCUGGAUCAAUACAGAAGAAUACUCAUUACAUGAUGAUCUUUGAUGCUUUUGUUAUACUGACUUGUCUGGCUUCAUUGAUCCUUUGCACAAGAUCAGUGGUUAAAGGAAUUCAUCUCCAAAGGGAAUUUGUAAACUUCUUCCUACAUUAUUACAAGAAAGAAGUAUCUUUCAAUGAUCAAAUGGAAUUUGUCAAUGGAUGGUACAUCUUGAUUAUAGUUAGUGAUGUCUUAACUAUAGUUGGAUCAACUUUAAAGAUGGAGAUACAAGCCAAGACUUUUCCUCAUUUCUCCAUAUGUAGCAUACUCCUAGGAACAUCCACUAUGCUUGUGUGGCUUGGAGUCAUUCGCUACCUAGGUUUCUUUCAGAAGUACAAUCUUCUCAUUCUAACACUGCGAGCAGCACUGCCUAAUGUGAUGAGGUUCUGCUGUUGUGCUGCUAUGAUCUAUCUGGGCUACUGCUUCUGCGGAUGGAUUGUGCUGGGACCUUACCAUGUGAAGUUCCGUUCUCUGAAUGUGGUUUCUGAAUGCCUUUUUUCAUUGAUAAAUGGAGAUGACAUGUUUGCCACCUUUGCAAAGAUGCAGCAGAAAAGCUACUUGGUUUGGUUAUUCAGUAGGAUCUACCUCUACUCCUUCAUCAGUCUGUUCAUCUAUAUGGUGCUAAGUCUCUUCAUUGCGCUCAUUACAGAUACAUAUGAAACCAUCAAGCACUACCAGCAAGAUGGCUUUCCAGAAACAGAACUUCAGACAUUUAUAUCACAGUGCAAAGACUUACCGAACUCUGGCAAGUACAGAAAUAUGAUGGCCCAAUCAGAUAUAGAUCUAAAAGAAACGGCUCUAAAAGAGGAUUUGAAAUUUUACUUCAUGAACCCAUGUGAAAAAUACAGAGCAAGACGUCAAAUACCAUGGAAACUGGCUUUGCAGAUUUUAAAGAUACUUAUGGUUACUACUCAGCUUAUCUUUUUUGGUUUGAGUAACCAGUUGGUGGUUUCAUUCAAGGAGGAGAACACUGUUGCUUUUAAACACCUUUUCCUGAAAGGGUAUUCUGGUGUUGAUGAAGAUGACUACAGCUGCAGUGUAUAUACGCAGCAGGAUGCUUAUGAUAGCAUUUUUUAUGCUAUUAAUCAGUACAGGCAACUAAAGAACAUUUCCCUUGGGACACUUGGUUAUGAACAAGAUGAAAAUGAAGAAUCAGGUUUAAAAAUCUGUAAACAGCAGUACAAGAAAGGCACAAUGCUUCCAUCCAAUGAUACACUGAACAUAGAUGUUGCUACUGAAACAGAAUGUAUCCUCUUAAAGUCAAAGGAGCUAGCCAAUAAGAAGGCCGAACAGAAGCUGAACUCCUCAUUUUUCAAUCUUGAAUUUUAUAGGCUUAUACAAGUUGAAAUCUCUUUCAAGCUAAAAGGCAUUGCUCUACAGACAAUCCAUGCCCGUGAAUUGCCCGACUGUUAUGCAUUCCAAAAUACUAUCACGUUCAAUAAUAGAGCCCACAGUGGAAAAAUAAAAAUUUAUUUUGAUAGUGAUACUGACAUUCAAGAAUGCAAAGACUGGCAUGUAUCUGGUUCUAUUCUGCAGAAAAACACUCAGUAUGUCCUGGUUUUUGAUGGAUUUGUCAUUAUCAGUUGCCUUGCUUCUCUUAUCCUCUGCACCCGGUCCAUUGUUCUUGCCUUGAGAUUGCAAAAAAGAUUUGUGACUUUCUUCCUGGAGAAAUACAAACGUCAUGUCUGUAAUGCGGAUCGCCUAGAGUUCAUAAAUGGAUGGUAUGUCCUGGUAAUCAUCAGUGAUAUGAUGACCAUCAUUGGAUCAAUCUUAAAAAUGGAAAUAAAAGCCAAGAAUCUCACCAGUUAUGACGUCUGCAGCAUUUUACUUGGAACAUCCACUUUGUUUGUCUGGGUUGGAGUCAUCCGAUACUUGGGAUACUUUCAAACCUACAACGUGCUCAUUUUAACUAUGCAAGCAUCGCUGCCUAAAGUUCUGAGGUUUUGUUGUUGUGCUGGGAUGAUUUAUCUUGGCUAUACUUUCUGUGGUUGGAUUGUGUUGGGACCUUAUCAUGAAAAGUUUGAAGAUCUGAACACAGUGGCUGAAUGUCUGUUUUCUUUGGUCAAUGGUGAUGAUAUGUUUGCAACAUUUGCCCAAAUCCAACAGAAGAGCAUGUUGGUGUGGCUGUUCAGUCGGUUGUAUCUGUACUCCUUCAUUAGUCUGUUUAUAUACAUGAUCCUCAGCCUUUUCAUUGCACUCAUUACAGACUCCUAUGAUACCAUAAAGAAAUAUCAACAAAGUGGAUUUCCAGUAACAGAUCUACAUGAAUUUCUAAAAGAGUGUGGCAGCGUUGGCUAUAGAAAAGAACAAGCCUCUAUGCCAUUCAUCUGCUGCUGUAGAAGACAACAGAGUGAUGACAGCUUGAUACUUAUUAAUUGAUCAUGCACUGAAAUUCAUUUCUU